AGCAGAUCCAGGUCCUGAGCCCAGCGAACACGUGCUGCCGGCGGAGCGCGGAGAGGGCGGGCACCCGGGAGGAAGGUCCCAGGCGGCCUGAACGUGCUCGCGCCCGUGGCCGCCGCGGCGCGGCCGUCCGGGUCUCGGAGCGAGCGCACGUGCGCCGGCCAGACCCAGCGGAGGCAGCGUCCGGGCACUGGCGAGGAAAUGGAGGGCGAGGCGCUGUUCAGAGCUAGGGAACAGUGUGGGCUGAGUUUCGCCCCGAGAGGGGAGAGCGAGGAAGGAGAAGCUCUGACGGCCGGAGAGGAGAAAGGGAGGAUCGCGAGCUAGCGUUUGCGGCCGCGGCCUCACCCUCGGCCAGCGUCCAACCCCCCGGUUGACUCCGCCCGCUACUAGUCGGGCGGGUGGGGGUGGGGCCCGUUUCCUCAGUGGUGGACGCUGGGUCGGCGUCCGCGUCAGCCGGAGCCCAGCGCGUGACGCAGCACGUCGACGUAAGUGACGCGCAGACCCGGGCCGCUCCUCCCUCUCUGAAGCAACCCGACGGCCAUGGAGGCCGAAGAGACGAUGGAAUGCCUUCAGGAGUUCCCGGAACAUCAUAAAAUGAUCCUGGACCGAUUGAAUGAACAGCGAGAGCAGGAUCGGUUUACUGACAUCACCCUGAUUGUCGACGGACACCAUUUUAAGGCCCACAAGGCUGUUUUGGCUGCUUGCAGUAAGUUCUUCUACAAAUUCUUUCAGGAGUUUACUCAGGAACCUUUGGUGGAGAUAGAAGGUGUUAGUAAAAUGGCCUUCCGUCAUUUAAUUGAGUUCACAUAUACAGCAAAAUUAAUGAUACAAGGAGAAGAAGAAGCCAAUGAUGUAUGGAAAGCAGCAGAGUUCCUACAAAUGCUAGAAGCUAUCAAAGCCCUUGAAGUCAGGAACAAAGAAAACUCCGCUCCAUUAGAGGAAAAUACCACAGGAAAAAGUGAGGCAAAAAAAAGAAAGAUUGCAGAAACUUCAAAUGUUAUCACUGAGUCAUUGCCCUCUGCAGAAUCAGAACCUGUUGAAAUUGAGGUGGAGAUUGCCGAAGGCACAAUCGAAGUGGAAGAUGAAGGCAUCGAAACGUUGGAGGAAGUGGCUUCUGCCAAGCAGUCCAUAAAGUACAUUCAGAGCACAGGGUCCUCUGAUGAUUCCGCCCUGGCACUGUUGGCAGAUAUUACCAGCAAGUAUCGGCAAGGUGAUAGAAAAGGGCAGAUAAAAGAAGAAGAUGGUUGUGCAUCUGACCCCACAAGCAAACAGGUAGAAGGUAUUGAAAUUGUGGAACUUCAGCUGUCACAUGUGAAGGACUUGUUCCAUUGUGAGAAAUGUAACCGUUCAUUUAAAUUGUUUUACCAUUUUAAGGAACACAUGAAAUCACACUCCACUGAGAGUUUCAAGUGUGAAAUAUGCAAUAAAAGGUAUCUUCGGGAGAGCGCAUGGAAACAGCACCUCAACUGUUACCACCUCGAAGAAGGUGGAGUCAGUAAGAAGCAAAGAACUGGGAAAAAAAUUCACAUAUGUCAAUACUGUGAGAAACAGUUUGACCACUUUGGACAUUUUAAAGAGCAUCUUCGAAAACAUACAGGUGAAAAACCUUUUGAAUGUCCAAAUUGUCAUGAACGAUUUGCUAGAAAUAGCACCCUCAAAUGUCAUCUGACUGCAUGCCAGACUGGAGUAGGGGCAAAAAAGGGAAGAAAGAAGCUUUAUGAAUGUCAGGUCUGUAACAGUGUGUUUAACAGCUGGGACCAGUUCAAAGAUCAUUUGGUAAUACACACUGGAGAUAAACCCAACCAUUGUACUUUAUGUGACUUGUGGUUUAUGCAAGGAAAUGAAUUAAGGAGGCAUCUCAGUGAUACUCACAAUAUCUCAGAGCGUCUAGUAACUGAAGAAGUUCUUUCAGUAGAAACACGUGUGCAGACUGAACCUGUGACGUCAAUGACUAUUAUAGAACAAGUUGGGAAGGUGCAUGUGUUACCAUUGCUUCAGGUUCAGGUGGAUUCAGCACAAGUGACUGUGGAACAGGUCCAUCCUGAUCUGCUCCAGGACAGCCAAGUGCAUGAUUCACAUAUGAGCGAUCUUCCAGAGCAGGUCCAGGUGAGUUAUCUAGAAGUGGGUCGAAUUCAGACUGAAGAAGGUACUGAAGUACACGUGGAGGAGCUGCACGUCGAGCGGGUAAAUCAGAUGCCAGUAGAAGUACAGACUGAACUUCUAGAAGCCGACUUGGAUCAAGUGACCCCUGAAAUCAUGAACCAGGAGGAGAGAGAGCCCACCCAAGCAGAUUGUGCUGAGGCUGCCAGGGAAGAUCACAAAGAUGCUGAUGGUUUAGAGACCAAAUCAACAGUGGAUUCCCAAGCUGAAAGGGCAGGGAAUGAGAACAGAACACCUAUGCCUGUUUUAGAAUGAAAUAACAAAUGAAUAUAUUUUUAAAUUUAUGUUUUGGGUUUUUGAACUGAUGUUGGGCAGUGUGACUGUCCUUGGGCUAACAGACAAGUGGACCAAAGUUAAAGUCUUUCCUGUUGUGAACUGUUUCUGUUGAAACAGAUUUCCCCCCACUUAAUGCCACAGAGGAGAUAUCUUUCCCAUAAGUGAAUGGGAAGCUUUGAGAAGUGUUAUUUCUGGAAACUUAAAUGGAUUAUAUUCUUACUAUAUAGUUGGGUACGAAUGUAUCUAUUUUCAUUGUGAUGAGGGUUCUCCCUUCUCUCUUUCCCAGGUCACGUCCUUUCUCAGAUUUUUUCCAUGUUGUAAAAUCAAACGUAAAAUCAUUAGAAUACAAAUUUAUGUAUUCUAAUGCAUGUUAGAAAAUUGAAUAUAUAGGAAACACAAGGCUGCAUGAAGAAAAGUACAUUGUUACUGUGCAGUUAAAUUUUUGGCUUCUGGCUUGCUUUAGUUUGAACAACCUUCUUGUCUAUACUGAUAGUCACGGAUGUCAUCUCUGCAACAGGAACAGAGUGGUGGUGGCAAAAUUUCUAGAAUGUAAAAAACAAAAAAACCACACCCAUGUGCCUUUUCAAAACCAACAAAACUUCUAUAAAGUGUCUCUGGUUCUUUCAAAGUUUGUGUUGUAAGGAGCAAUGUAGGUGAUGCUGUAGUAGUUUAUGUUUUUGCUUAUAAUGGCAACUACCAAUUCUUUUUCUUGGUAACUUAAGUUAGGUUGGAAAGUUUCAUUUAAUGGCAACUGAAGGGCCAUUUCCAAUUGGGAAAAUUCAUUUAUAUCUGUGGUAAACUUUUUUUUUUUUUUUUUUUUGAUGAAAAGUUGCACUAAUAUUUUACCACCAGAUGAAAAAAAGAUGAGCAUCAUUUAAAAAUUAAUGUAUUUAAAAUAAAGUACAGAGAAAAACAUGUAUAUAAUAUAUCAGGCUUUGUUUUGAAUGAAUCUUUUCCCCCUGAUCCUUAAUGUAAAGAUCUUGUGCUAUAACUUUUAAAGCCAUACAAAUAAGAGUGCUAAACUGUGGACUUAAAAGUAGGUGUGUAAAUAUUUUUAAUCAGUAUUACUUGGAAAAUAAAAUAUAACAACCACAUAAAAUAAACCAAUAUGCUAUUUUCUUUACCUGUUAAAUAUUGGGAGAUACUUACAUUUUUAAAGUAAAGCUUAAAA